GGUUCAAGUUCUGGAAGAAGUUUAUCAUUUGGUCUGAAACGACUAGGGGAAACUGGGUCACCUAAUUCUCCCAAUGUUGUUCCAGGUUCAAUAAAUGGGAGAAGAUUAUCAUCUGCUGUGAAUGGAGACGAGAAAAAUGUCUCACCUAAUCAGAUCAAUGUCACUCCAGGUCCUUAUUUUCUCUACCAGCCUUUGACAUUGUUGAUGUAUGUGUAUAUAUUUUUGUUGUAUCUUUAUUUUUUUACUCUUUUGUAUUUUUUAGAUAAUAUAGUUUUAAGCAAGAUACCAACAUAAUUCAUAAGCUUCUUCAUCAUGUAUAUUACAAUUUUAUGAGUGUACAGCAUAUUCUGGAUCAACAAGCACACGAGGAAGACGGAACUAUGCUUCAAGUACCCCAUGUGUGCCUAACUCUGAUGUUUACAGUCGUCUUAACAAGAAUAGAGGUUCUACCUUAGACUUGAUUUUUCAAUAUUAUCAAAUACAAUAUGGUGUGGUUAAUUAUGCACAAACAAUUUCAGGACCAACCAAUCUUUCUCCUAGCUGCUCCCCUGUAUCACAAUCACCUACUCAGAGGCAGGCACUGUCUGAAAUAUCCAAUACGUUCCUUAACACUCCUAAGUCAUCAGUAUCCAAGAAGAAAGUAAUUUCAACUGGCACACAAUCAACAAUUACAAUCAAUGAUUACCAAAUUUCAGAGACUAAUGAACCCGUGGUCAGAAAAAAAAAUAUGCCCAAGAAAUCACGGAGCAGGCUACGUGAAUCCAAUGUAGAAGAUACCAGCACCCAAUUGUUUCAUCCCCGGGAACAUAAAGCAGAUGAUCUAAUAGACCAUUCAAAAAUCAGUACAAUCCUUGAAGAUGCUGAAGAUUUCUUUAACGAAGAUGGUAUUGAAACUGAUUAUAUUGAAGAUGUUGAAGCAGAGGUUUUCGACAAGGAAGAUCUAACUUACAGGAAUAAAGGGAAAAGUGGACACGUCUCAUUGGAGCCACCUACUGAAUGUUGUUCACAUUGUAAAGCUGUCAUGUGGAAGCAAGAACGUGCAAAUAAAACAAUUAUAAAUGGUACACCAGAAUUCUCUCUCUAUUUCGGCAAAGGGCAGAUCAAGCUACCAUCAAAUCCUCCCACUCCUCAUUACCUCUUGAAGCUUUAUAAAGAUCCAAAAAAGAGCAGAAAAUACAAAAAUCAAAUCCGUUUGUAUAAUACUAUGUUUUCUUUUACUUCAAUUGGCGGUAAGGUUGACCACUCCAUAAAAAAUGGUUCCUCUCCUUACGUCUAUCGCCUAAAUGGACAGAAUCAUCAUCUUUUUGGAUCACUCAUACCUAAUGAUGGAGACGACCCAAAGUUUUGUCAAUUAUACAUAUACAACACUGAAAACGAAGUACAAAACAUGCUUCUGUGGGUUGAUGUUUCUAAUGGUCAGACAGUGGAUACGGAGAUUGUUGAAGGCCUGCUGAGGAUGUUGGACGAAACCAAUGAAUUGGUUAAAUACUUUCGGAUGGCACGUGACCGCUUCGUGGAGCAGCCAGUUCAGGAUCUAAAAAUUAUGAUGAAGGUUUGUAGAAGUGUUACUGGCCGUGAAAACUUCAUUGUUCCAUCUAAUAAAGUCGGAGCAAUAAUGGUUGGUGAUUUAGAAGAUACUUGUGGUGAGAGAGAUAUUAUUGUGGAGACUAAAAGCAAGAAGCUUGAAAGAAUAACGGAUAUUCAUCCAAAGUUGAUUUCUUUGCAAUAUCCUAUGUUGUUUCCAAAUGGAGAAGAUGGAUACCACGAUGAUAUCCCGUAUGUGAAGACUGCAAACAAUACCGGUAAGAAGAGAAAGAGAAUUACCAUGAAAGAGUUUUACUCUUAUAAAUUGUAAUGUCGACUGUCUAAAGGUAAUUAUUUUUACAAAUUGACAGCAUUAUUACACAUAUAUAAUACACAAUUUUUUUUGCUUGCUUCCAUUCAAUUUUGUUGUUCUAAAGCAUUGAACAUAAAUUUGUGUGCAGGUAACACACCUCGCUUAGGCGGUAGACUUUUUCAGCAGUACAUUGUUAACUCAUUCUCUGCCAUUGAACAGAGUCAUCUUUGGUAGUGUCGUACACGCCAAAAAACUUUACGUAAUGAUUUGUAUAGCAACAUACAAAAAAGCAUUCAUGAGGGUCAUGAAGCCUCAUCUGUUGUUGGCAAAUCCUUUAUCUUGCCUACCAGUUUUACGGGUUCAAAAAGAUAUAUGCAGUAAAAUUUUCAAGAUGCAUUGGCAAUCUGUCGGUACAUUGGUCACCGAGAUAUUUUCUUGACAAUGACCUGUAACAGUGCAUGGGAUGAAAUUAAUCAAAUGAUGAAAUGGUAUCCUGGGUGUCUUGCUAUUGAUUCACCUGAU